AGAUUCUACACAAAACUAGAAAAUUGUAAACUACACAAACUCCACAAAAGAUCGAUCCUUUUCUGAAAUUGAAGCUCAACCAUGGCUUCUCUACUUCACUCUAGGCUUCCCCUUUCUCACAAUCACUCUUCAUCUUCUUCACCAAAUUCUUGCCAAUCUUUCCCGUGUCAUCUCUCCGGAAGAAGCAAGAGAAGUAGUCAAAGAUUAUUAGAGGAAAAGAGCAAUGACAGCAAGAGAAGCUUAAUUUGUCAGUCGGGUAUUGAUGAGGUCACUUUUAUUGAGCUACCUGGUAGUAAAAAAGAUAAAGCUGAGCUUAUUGGGUCUCUCAAACUCAAGUUAUUGAGUGCUGUUUCUGGGCUAAACAGAGGUCUUGCUGCAAGUGAAGAUGAUCUAAAGAAGGCGGAUGAGGCUGCCAAGGAGCUUGAAUCUUGUGCAGGAGCUGUAGAUCUCGCAGCUGAUCUUGAUAAACUUCAAGGGAGGUGGAAAUUGAUUUACAGCAGUGCAUUCUCAUCUCGUACUCUUGGUGGAAGUCGUCCUGGACCGCCCACUGGAAGACUUCUUCCAAUUACUCUUGGUCAGGUAUUUCAAAGAAUUGAUGUACUAAGCAAGGACUUUGACAACAUAGUGGAGCUUGAAUUAGGUGCUCCGUGGCCUUUCCCACCUGUUGAAGCGACUGCCACUUUAGCCCACAAAUUUGAACUUAUAGGAUCAUCUAUGAUUAAGAUUAUAUUCGAGAAAACUACAGUGAAGACCACCGGGAACUUAUCUCAGCUGCCACCAUUAGAGGUGCCUCGCAUACCAGAUCAGCUCAGGCCACCAUCAAAUAGAGGAAGUGGUGAGUUUGAAGUUACCUACAUCGAUUCUGAUACACGUGUAACAAGGGGAGACAGAGGAGAGCUUAGAGUUUUCGUUAUCUCAUAAGUUGGGCUGCAAUAAAUAUAGUUUUCCUACAAUCUACAAUUUCAUGUAACAACAUAUCAAAUGUAUAGAUAUGCUCAACAUUAUUCUGCUGGUCCACAGCUAGCAAAUUUGUAAUGCUACUGCAUAUUCAAAUCUGUAAACAGUAAAUUUGACAUGUGAUGGAAUUAUGCAGUGAGAUUUCAAGAA